CUAUGCCCACCUUCGACGGCUCAUUCGAGCGUUGGUUAGAGUUCAGGGACACGUUCUCAUCACUCGUACACAACUCAACAGAUAUUACCAAUAUUCAGAAAUUCCAUUAUCUGAAAUCAUCACUGAAAGGAAGCGCUGCACUUAUCAUUGAUGCACUAGAGUUCUCUUCGGAUAAUUAUAAUGUCGCCUGGGAAUUGUUGUUAAACCGGUACAACAACAAUAGAUUGCUAGUUCAAAACCAUAUUAAAGCUUUGUUUAACUUAAAUCCAUUACCCAAAGAGUCAGCUGCUUUAAUUAGAACAUUAAUUGAUACAAUUCUAAAAAACUUAAGGGCACUUAAUAUGCUCGGUGAACCAACACAACAUUGGGACACUCUUGUCGUGUAUAUGAUUGUAUCAAAGCUGGAUAAAACCACUGAACGCGAGUGGGAGCAAUAUAAAGGCUCCUUACUUGCACAAAAGGAUUCGAAAAUACCCAUUAAGGUCGACGAUAUAAUUAAAUUCCUUGAAGAUCGGGCUGACAUGUUAGAAACAUUGCAUUUGUCGCACAGUAAAGAAAGUCUAGACCAUAAAAAACAAAGCGCACCUAAGACUUAUAAUUCUUCACACUGUAAUGUUUCUACCAACAAUAACAAACCGCAAGAUCGUAGUAAUUCGAUUACUUCGCGUCCUAAAAAACUAUGUCUCAUGUGUAAUGCGAAUCACCCAAUUUAUUCGUGUCAAAAGUUCCUCGACAUUAGUUUAGAUUCGAAGUUAAAACUUAUAGCCGAAAAUAAGUUAUGUCGUAAUUGUUUACGUUCAGGACACGCGGUAGACGAUUGCAGGUUUGGCCCCUGUAAGCGUUGCAAUAAGAAACAUAAUUCAAUAAUUCACGUUGACGACAGCCCGUCUAGUCAAUCAGUUGUUACUAUACACGCAGUUACUGAAAAAAGCGUACCGUUACGUUUUCAGGAAUCAGCUGAUCGCGUCAAUGACCCGAGUACCGUUACCUCUUUCACAACAUGCGCUGUCCCUUUCAGUGAUACUGAAACCAAUCAUUCAUCUCACUCGCAGAUUCAGGCACACAACGCACACACGCACACUCAGGCCGUAAAACCUGUUCUAGCGCAGCCUGUUCUACUAUCCACCGCACUAGUCGAAGUAGCUGAUGUCCAUGGCCGUUUACAUACCGCCCGCGCUCUUCUGGAUAGUGGAAGCCAGCGAUGCUUCAUAACCAAAUCAUUUUGCGAGUUGCUAGGCGCACAAUUAAUACAGUCCACUCAUGAAAUACGCGGUGUAGGUGAUUCUGUGACCCAAUGUACGCAAACUUGUGUCAUAGAUAUAAAAUCGCACGUAAAUACCUACACUAAAACUAUACAAUGUUAUGUACUACCAAAAAUAACAUCAACAAUGCCACCUGUAUGUGAAUUAAGCGCACAACAGUUCUGUAUUCCAGACCACAUACAGUUAGCAGACCCCACGUUCUUAGAUUCCAAACAAAUUGACAUUUUAAUAGGCGCGGAUCAAUUUUGGAAUUUAUUAUGCGAUGGUAAAAUUAGAUUACGUAAAGGACCAUAUUUACAAUCUACCAAGCUAGGCUGGAUCAUAUCCGGUCCGAUUUACAAUAAUAAUAAUAAUCAUAAUUCACGCGAUGAUACUAGGCGGGUUCAUUGUCAUUUCACGCAGACAAUUGAAACUCAACUUAGAAAGUUUUGGGAGAUCGAGGAAGCCUCCACUAUCUCCGACAAGCGCACGGACGAGGAGCGCGCCUGCGAGGAGCACUUCGUGCGCACCACCACGCGCGCCGCCGACGGCAGGUUCUGCGUGCGCAUCCCUCACAAACUGUCACCAGACACGCUAGGUGAAUCCUAUUCCCAGGCGGAGCGUCGCUUCUUAGCUUUAGAGCGGCGGCUGCAGCGUUCUGCUGAGUACAAACAGUUGUACAGUAAUUUCAUUCACGAAUACGAAGAUCUCGGGCACAUGAGCCGCGUGGAGGCGCCCGGCAGCCCGCACUACUUCCUGCCGCACCACGGCGUGCUGCGGCCCGGCAGCAGCUCCAGCCCGCUGCGCACCGUGUUCGACGGCAGCGCCGCCACCUCCACCGGCGUGUCGCUCAACGACAUACAGAUGGUAGGGCCUCCUAUACAGGGUGAUUUAAUCGAUAUCAUGCUUCGCUUUCGACAAUACCGCUAUGUUGCUUGCGCUGACAUUGCAAAAAUGUACCGGCAGUGCUUGGUAGCUGAAGACCAACGCGACUUGCAGCUUAUUCUCUGGCGCGAUGAACCGACACAACCCAUCAGCAUUUAUAAACUAAGAACCGUGACAUAUGGGUUGGCUUCAUCAGCUUUCCUCAGCAUAAGGUGCUUGAAGCAAUUAGCUGUCGAAAGUACUGAUCCGGACGUCCAGCGAGUAAUUAAUUGCGAUUUUUAUGUCGACGAUAUGGUCACGGGUUUAGACGACAAAAAUGAUUUAUUAAAGCUUUGUACAAAUGUUUCAAACACACUUCAGUCAGGCUGUUUUCCAUUACGCAAAUGGAUUUACAACUUUGUACCCGAUGAUAGCAGCUAUGAUCAGCAGUCGGACUAUAAAUCAUUCAAUGAUAAUAACAAUGAUAACCAUAGAACAUUGGGCAUAGGUUGGUCUCCCAUCAGUGAUGAAUUUCAUUUCAAUACCAAUUAUAAAAACAAUGAAAAUUCUAUUACAAAGCGCACUAUCUUAUCUAGCGUUUCUCAAAUUUUCGACCCGCUAGGUUUCCUCAGUCCAACAAUAAUGCAAGCUAAGGUUUUAUUGCAACGACUUUGGCUUCUAAAGAUAUCCUGGGACGAUGAACUACCUAAUGACGUCACGCAAGUCUGGGUUCGAUUCGUCUCAUCAUUACCUAUUCUUGAUAAAAUAAGAAUCCCGCGUCAUGCUAUAGGUAUAAAUCCAAAAUUUAUUGAAUGUCACGUAUUUGUCGACGCUUCUCAGUCGGCAUAUGGGACGUGUAUUUACUUACGCACCAUCAGUGCUGAUAACGAUAACACACCACACAGUGUUACAAUGCGUUUGUUGUGUUCCAAGGGUCGCGUCGCGCCGAUCAAGCCUGUCAGCAUCCCGCGACUAGAGCUAUGCGGUGCUUUGCUAGGUGCACGAUUGUAUACAAAGGUACGCGAUUCCUUACGAUGUGAAUUCAGCAACGUAGUUUUCUGGACUGACUCCACCAUAGUGCUAGGCUGGCUUAAAAUGGCACCUAACUUGUUAAAAACAUUCGUGCAAAAUAGGACUGCAGAAAUUCACGAUUUAACCAAAGAUCUCCCGUGGCGUCAUGUCAGUGGCAAAAAGAAUCCGGCUGACCUAGUAUCACGAGGCGUAGGGUUAGGUGAUCUGUCUACCUCUUCUUUGUGGUGGGAGGGUCCUGAAUUUCUUCACGAUGUUAAUUUCAAUCACGAGCAAGUUCCCAUUCAUGCCGAGGUACCUACGUCGACUGAGCUGCCCGAGUUAAAAUCAAACACUGUUUCGCUCGUUGCUGAGGAUAACAGUGAGUCAUUUGUGUUUCCUUUCACAAGAUUUUCACAAUAUAAUCGCAUAAAGCACACCGUCGCGUAUAUGCUACGUUUUAUUCAUAAUGCGCGCAAUAAGAAUAAACACAAUAGGCGUACGGGCGCGGUUACCGUUUGUGAAUUAAAAGAAGCCGAAAAUAAACUAAUAAAAUUAUGUCAAUUAGAAUCAUUUCCGCAGGAAUAUAAAGCGUUAUCUGCUAACGGUUCGUUGAAAAAUAAACAUAAUUUGUCCAAGCUCAAUCUAUUUAUAGAUAAGGACGGUCUAAUUCGCAUUUUAGGCCGAUUAGAAAAUGCGCCUGACCUUGACUACGACAAAAAACACCCGGUGUUGAUAUCAGGUAAACAUUACUUUGCGCUUUUGUUGUUUCGUUAUGAGCAUAGGCGACUGCUUCACAGCGCACAACAAGCGUUAUUAUUUAACAUUCGCGAGUCGUGGUGGCCUAUAGGAGGCCGAAACUUAGCUCGCAAAGUACUCCACGACUGUGUCACGUGUAGGCGCAUUCGUGGUAAAACAUUAACACCGUUGAUGGGUAAUUUACCGAUACAGCGGAUCACUCCGAGUUAUCCGUUCAACCGUUGUGGUGUAGACUACGCAGGGCCAGUACUCGUCUUGAACCGUAAAGGGCGGGGCGCUAAAACAACCAAGGCCUAUAUAUGCCUAUUUGUCUGUCUAGCUACGCGGGCUAUUCACUUAGAGCUAGCUAGUGACCUCUCGACUGAAUCAUAUUUAUUAUGUCUAAAACGCUUAAUUAGUCGUAGGGGUAAAGUAUCCGAAAUAUUUUCAGACAAUGGAAGAAAUUUUCUAGGUCUAAAAAAUGACUUUGCCAAGUUUCUCUCACAAUGUAGUGACGAAAUAAAAAGUUAUGCUACCAGUGAAAACAUAAAAUUUUCCUUUAUUCCUCCAUUUUCCCCUCAUUUUGGUGGCUUGUGGGAAGGGGGGGUAAAAUCGUGCAAGUACCAUUUACGUCGGGUGGUAGGUAAUGCUCACCUAACGUAUGAGGAGUUCAGCACUGUGUUGACGCAAAUCGAGGCAGUCCUGAACUCCCGACCCCUAACUCCUAUGUCCGCAGACCCAGAUGACUUAACUCCACUUAGCCCUGGUCACUUCCUGAUUGGUCGGCCGCUGACGGCGCCCGCCUGCCCCGACUACAGCGCCACGCCCACGCACCGACUGUCACGAUACCAAAGGCUGGAACAAAUACGACAGCAAUUCUGGUCCCGCUGGGCCAAGGAGUAUGUUUCUGAGUUGCAGGUUCGAGUGAAGUGGUGGCAAAAUAAUACCGACCUUCAACCCAACACAUUGGUCGUCAUAAAAGACGACAACUUGCCGCCGUUGAAAUGGCAAAUGGGCCGCGUGGAGAAGACCUUCCCAGGCAAAGACGGGAUCUCGAGGGUGGCCGACAUCCGUACGUCCUCAGGCAUCCUCAGACGACCGUACACGAAGAUUUGUCCUCUUUCAGCUGAUGGCCAUGAUACUUAAUUACCUAAAAUUUCAUUGAAACUGGAUCAUUUCAAGGCCGGGGGCAUGUUGAAGACGCACGCACACAUGCAUAUGACCUAUAGACGACGCACACAACUACAGAUGGUCAUCAACCAAUCACACGGCGCCGCGAUGUCGUGAUAAAUCAUUUCAUUGGCUAUUUACAUGUUCCCUUCCCCUUGUCCUCGAUCUAUGUAACCAAAAAUUAUUAAUAUACUACCUGUUUGAGUUUUGAACGAUAAA